AUGUUUUUAUCACCUGAAUUUUUGAACCUGUACCCUUAGGGAGAGAUUAUUGACAAAAUUUAAUAUUAGAAAUAAGUUGAUGAUCCAUUAUUGAUCAUUGAAAGAAUUCAAAAUCCAGAUGCAGUUCAAUUAUUUAUAGAAGAAGUGAAAUGCCCAAUUUGUUAUGAUAUUCUGUUUGAUCCUAAAUGUUGCUCAGAGUGUGAAUAGGCUUUUUGUGAAAAAUGUUUGAAAAAAUGGUAAAAAAUUUACUAAAUAUAGGAUUGAUUAAAAUUAAGUAUCACCUCUUUGUCCUUGCUGUAGAGUAAAUAUAACUAAAAAAAGAUAAAAAAUACCGCCAAAACUUCUUAUAGCUUUAUUAAACAAACUUUAAUUAACUUGCAAGAAUAAAGUAUGAAUAUACUCAAAUCUAAUAGAAUUUAGGUUGCACAACUAUAAUUUUUUAUGAGUAAUUAAAAAAACACGAAUAAUAAGAAUGUUUGUAUGUACUUAUUAAAUGUGACAAUAUAUGUUGUACAGAAAGAGUAUUAAGAAAAGAUUUAUAAAAACAUAAAUUAGUAUGUCAAUAUGAAAUUAUUGAAUGUAUAAAAUGUUAACAAAACGAGCCGAGAUACAAGAUGGAAAUUCAUGUAAAAUAUACAAUUUAUUUUAGCUAUAAGAGAAAUGUCCAUGCAGGGAAAGCACAUGUAAAUGGUGUCAUUCUACUAUGGAAUAUCGAGAUUUAUUAAGUCAUGAAUCUGAUUGUCCCUGUGGAUAUGAAAAAUGCAAAAAUUGUAAUACCAAAUAUUCUAUUGAUAAAUUCUAAAAACAUACAAAACUUAAAUGUAUGAAAAAAUAAAAAAAAUAUUUUAAAAAGAAAUUUGAAUCAGAAGAGAGGCUAUGUUAUUAGCUGAAUGAAAAAAUUGAAUAAUAAGAUGAAUUAAUUCAUAAACUUUAGAGUUUAUUACAAGGUGAGAAUUUUACAAAUUUGUACUAAAGUGAAGAAAACUCGGAGAAAUUCAUAUAAUGGAAUAAUUAUCAAGAUGACUCAAUUUCAAUAGCAGACUAAAAAAUUGAUGAAGAAUGUGAUGUUGUGAGUGAUCACGAUUGGUGA